UGUUAUGGGUCCUGUUCAGACUCUUGGUUCGCUUUUUGGUAGCCGGACGUUGACCUUAGCGACUCCAUGUUGUCCUCUCGAAUUGAUUGUUUUGUUUUGCAUUUUUGUUCCUUAUAGUAAUCAGUUCAAAACAACACGUAUUACAUGUAACAGUGUUAAUGGCCAACGUGUUUAUUGUGAUAAUUACUUGAUAAAAGGCGCGCUGCUCUCUGUGGGGUAACGUUAAUUGCACUUGUUUACGUCCAACGUUUGUGUUCAUUAAUGUGUUUACGAAGUUUUAUUUUAAGCACUUAAGCAGCAUAAGAAACGUAUUUUUUAAACUAAUAUUUGCACUGAAUUUAAUGUAGUAUUAUGAUAAACCAUGUUUUAUUAUACCAGAAUCGUUUAGUUUUCCUAUAAAAACACUUUUACUUAGGCGUAUCGCUAAUUAACCGUGAGCCACCAUUCAUCAGAAGCUAGCGCCGGUUCUUCUGUGGUUCUAUGGCAAUCUUUGCAUUUCUAAAUUGAUUGAUUAUCGCUUGUUAACAUCCGAUAGCGUUAACAUUUCUGUGAAUUGGGUUGGCUGAAAACUAGACUUCCCCCUGUGAUCAGAUCUCAAACUAAUCACUUUAUUGAAAGUGAGGCAGGUGUCAUUUGAUUUCGUGGUUCACUUGACUGUCACCAGUUUGCUAUGCUCCUGUCGCAUUCCGAAGUGUGGAAAGUAUGCGUGGAUUACAUCUUCAGACCCUAUACUAUGGUAGUCGGCACCGUCACGGCCGUCGUUUAUUACCUCUGGGGAUGUGAGGGUCAGACACCAAUUCUGGUGUGCAGCGAUGGGUUUCGUGUCUUCCUGCAACGCCACUGUCCCAUGGUGGUUGAGCAGUUCCGGCCCACGCCCUGGUGCUGGGGCGGCCGGCUGCAGACCCUGGUCCGUGUAUUUAUCAAAUCCAGCCCGGCUAUCACCUACAGGAAUGAGCUGAUCAGGACGGGGGACGGAGGUCAGAUCUCACUGGACUGGGUGGACAAUGCAGGCAGUGCUGCCUAUCCUGACUGCCUGUUUCGACCCACAGUGCUGAUCUUGCCGGGUCUGACGGGGAACAGCCAGCAGACGUAUGUUUUGCAUGCAGUGAACCAGGCCACACGCAGAGGAUACAGAUCUGUGGUCUUUAAUAACAGGGGAUUUGGAGGUGAAGAGUUACUGACCCCCCUGACGUUCUCUGCAGCUGAUACCUCAGAUCUGGAGCGUGUGGUCCAGCACGUGAAGGAGCUCUUCCCACAAGCACCACUCCUUGGGACCGGAGUCUCUCUGGGAGGGAUGCUGCUGCUGAACUACCUGGCCAGAAAAGGCAGCGAGGCUGGGCUUCUGGCAGGCCUCACCAUGUCCGUCAGCUGGGACACCAUGGAGUCAUGUGCCUCCUUGGAAAAGCCUAUCAACCGGCUGCUCUUUAAUCGCCACCUCACUGGGAACCUGUGCCGAGCCAUCAGCAGACACAGGAAGAUGCUGGAGACUGUGGUGGAUGUGGAGCAUGUGCUGAAGGCACAGACCAUCCGGGAGUUUGACGAACGUUACACCUCAGUGAUGUUUGGCUACAAGUCCUGGCAGGACUACUACCAGGAUGCCAGCCCUGGGUACAAACUGGCCCAAACUGCUGUUCCUGUUCUGUGCCUGAAUGCGGCUGAUGACCCCUUUUCCCCGAAACAUGCUCUCCCCGUUGCCUUAGCCCAGCGCUUGCCCAAUGUUGCGCUGCUGGUUACAGCCCAUGGCGGCCACAUUGGUUUCCUGGAGGGCCUUUACCCUCGAGGGGAGGGCUACAUGGACCGGUUGUUUGGCCAGUUCAUCCAGGCAGUGUUUGAACAUCCACGGGAUCUGAAGUGGGCCUGUGGGAUCACGGACAACCCCGCCGAUUGACCACUUCCACCAAGGUCUCCUAACCGGUGACCCACCCACUCUAACUUCUAUUACGGACAUACAGAGAUUUUGUACCACUGUUACCACAUCACCUCUCAUCUCAACCCCUUAACUUUAACAAAACCCUUGAAAAGGGCUAAAAAAAGGUUGUAGAUGAUGCCUAUGCAUAAUCUGACCUCAUAACUUACAAAUUAAUUUUGACCAAUGCCUUAUUUUUUUAUGUUAGAUUUACUGACCUCCAAUUAUCAUUAAGGCAUUUGUCUGAUGGGAAACCAUUUUGUCAUUUCUCCCUUUGGGGUGGAGAAUGUUUUGGCUCAGAGAUUGAAUGUCAUGUCACCCUGUAUGUAGUUCUGGCAAAGGCUUGUUCUGAUUGUUGUUCCAAGAGAAACAAUAGUACACCGAUUAUUGUCACUUAGGUUUUUUAUCCGUCCGAAGUUUAUUCCUUAUUCAUUGUCCUAUGAAGGGGACAAGCUAAAAUGCUAGAGUGAAUGCUGAACAACUUAUUAGCAUUUACUGUGUUCCCUUACACAAACAAAAGUGUCUCCUAUACCACUAUGGAUUGUUGCACAUUGCACUACUGAGCCAUGAGAUGGGAGACACUCUGCUGAGUGAAGGCUUCCCUGCCCAGGCAAUGUUAUAGUCUAUUAGUCCUUGCCUGGUACUUGGUAUAAUCUGGACCCACAGUCUGGAAUUAAUCUUUUGAGCUGAUCCAUAUUCAACCUGUGCAAAUUCAAGCUGGCAGGCAUGGCUCGAUUUGCUUUUAUAUUGAGCUCUGUUGGCCUCUUGCAACUCAGGGCAUAUCAAAUACCAUCAUUAACAUUGCAAUGGGUACCGUUAGCACUUUAGAUGCGGCAAACAUGAGAGGCUAUGAGGAGUGGAUUUUAUUUCUGAUGCUGGCAUUUUAUUUUUUCCUUCAAAAAGAAGCAUAUAUUUGGUGGCACAGAUAUGCAGCAUUAAUGAAUGUAGGCGAUGACUGGUUUACAAACAGGAUAAAACAUGGAUUUUAAUGAUAUAACAUUAUUUCUUGCUUUGUGUUUAACAAUACAGACAUGAAUUAAAAGCACAUAAAUAUAGCCUAAUCUUGUGGAAUUAAUGAUCAGUUCAAGAUUAAUCAGGGGUAAAUAUAAUAAAUAUUUUCAUGGUUAAAGAAUUCAUGGUAAGAUUUUAACAGCACAGGUCUGUUUCUGUUUUUCUUCUUUUGGUUAUAUUACUGUUUGCUAAAUGGUAGCACCGUCAUUUGCUGCAGAAAGAGAGAGAGCGAACCCACACCAGCAAGAAAACAUAAAAACAAAAAAAUAAACCAGCACCUUCACCCUUCCUCGUCACAGGUUCGAGGAGAAAACAAUAGACUAAAACAACAGACAAAAGAAAGUACAGCUUUUCAGCUUUUCAGCUCACUGCUCAUAGCUGGCCAGCCUUUCAUGUUGAGUGCAUUAUACAUACAUUUUCAUCUUCAAUAUACAUUUUAUGCAGUUAGGCCUAUUUGUUGACAGGGUUCCCUGCAUUUGUCUAUUCUGUGGUUUACUGGAAUGUCUUUGUGGUCAAAUUCUGAAGUGAUAGUUGCUGACGUAAUGAUUAGCCUGCAGUUUGAUUUUAAUCGUGCUAGCACCAGAAAUGAAAUGGGUCUUUUUAUAGACCAGGCCUUGCCAGCUCGGGUCACAUUUGAACAUGUGAAAAAAGUCCAGCAUGUCCUGCACUGGUCAAAUGUGCCAGUGCAAAAGGGUUUCUGGUGCCAAAACUAGGGGCCCUGCUUAGAAGCUACAAUAUGUAGACACAUUUAUGAAGAGGGUUUGAAGAGAUUUUUGAAGUUAAAGUGCUUGUUUUUUUUGUUUGGUGCAGUGUGAAUCAUGAAGUAUAUGGGGCGACAUAGCUCAGGAGGUAAGACCGAUUGUCUGGCAGUCGGAGGGUUGCCGGUUCAAACCCCGCCCUGGGCGUGUCGAAGUGUCCUUGAGCAAGACACCUAACCCCUAACCCCUAACUGCUCUGGCGAAUGAGAGGCAUCAAUUGUAAAGUGCUUUGGAUAAAAGCGCUAUAUAAAUGCAGUCCAUUUACCAUUUACCAUAUAUUCCGAUGUAAUGUACAUCAGAUUAUUGUGUGAUGAUUCUAUUAAGGGUGCUACACAAGAAUGUAAUAAUUGGUCCUGCCUAUGAGAUCCUAAGAUUGAACUAUCCUAGGGAUCAUGAAGCAAUUUGGGACACAAAUUCAAUGCCCCAAAAUAGACUUUCUGUAAACUAAUGGUGUACAUACAGAGUAUUAGUCUAUAUGAUAAUUGAUUAAAUUAUAAUUGGCUUAUUGGAGCUUUGGUACAGCGUAGUUUUUUAAUUGCUAAAUUAUCAGUAACGCCUCCUGCCACCAGUUUGUCUCCACCAUGUGACCUACAAGGAUUUAAACUUGUAUUUCAAUAAUUAUCCUCUAGGGUUCCCCAUAGGCACUACGAUGGCACAAUUAAGUGAUUAUUCAUACAAUUUCUAGAGUUUCUGAUUGAGACAUUUAUAAACUAGUUGGUCUAAUAUGGAGAGUGUCAGGAAGGAAAGUGAACAUGGAUGGAAGUUUAAAUGCUAUGAAAAGCAUGUCUUUAGGCCAGUUGUCCUAACCUUUGGUCCUGGAGAGCUGCAGGGUCUGACAGCUUUUGUUGUUACUCAGAACUUGAUUAGCAGCACAGCAAUUGAUCAGUUAAAGCAGCUGCUUACACAAUUGACUUGGGUCAUCUGGUUUCUUGGGUCUGAAUUUGUCGCUGACCUUAAAGGUGCAAUAUGCAAGUUUAUUUUGGAUCUCUUUUGUUCACAUUUGGUUACAUUUUUUCACAUCCCAACAAAUAUAAAGUAUAAGCUCUAAGAAAAAAAUCUGGUCUCUCUGACUGCCCCAGGCUUUAAAUUUCACAAUGCCUCAAUCUUAACAAUCAAUCAGGACAACUUUCUACAAGGAGGCCAAUCAGGACAGCUCUCUGCCUGUUAAUGUUGCAUGUUCACAGCGCUGUCGGAGCAGAGAUAUACAGAGAUGGUGUAUAUCUCUAUGACUAGCUAGUUCCCUGAAAAACGAAGCAAAAAUGGCAGAGAAAAAUCUGCCAGAAUGACCAGUUUUGCCUUUGUCUACAGUGGCGUAUGCUGAUUUAAAGGAUUAACAUGGUGGUUGAAUGUGACACUUGCCAGUUGUCUUUAGGCAACACCAAAACAAAUGUGCAUAUUUUUUUUUAUUAUUCAGUCAUUUAAAUGUAUUUUAAAACAUAUUUUUCUAAGCCUAAAUUUCCCACUUUAAAAGUUCACGCGAGCAACCAGGAACAACAAGACCAGAAAAUGAGCUUCAAAAACGAAGUCUGGUUUUGGCCGCUUGGUCCAGUCAGAUUUCUUUACGGGGCAUGGAAAGGGGAGUGGUUACUGUACGUGUGACGCACCAAGUCGAGAAUAUUCUCAACCGGUUGAAAAUAGGAUGACAAAUUUAAAACGCAUAUUUCUCCAAAAAUAAAGAACUGACAUAUUUAAUACUUUACUCGUGUUUCUUCAAUGCCUCUUGUGCAAAUAGCACAUAAAACCGAGAAAGUGUGAAAACCACCAUGUUACUCCUUUAAAAAACUGAGAAAAGAAAGACUAUCGAAGAAAAGAAGGGGAAAAAAAAGGAAUUAAACCAAGUGAGAGACCAAGACUCAAGUGAACAUCAGUUCGGCUUUUCAGCGAGAACUGAGGGACUUUAAGGAUUUCAAAAAUUAUGCUGAGCUUGCAGUAUUUCUGCUGGACAGGUCAUUAUCUUGCUUGUUUUGUUUCUGUUGGAAUUUGUUAUCGCCCUAAACUGUGUAGCCAGCGUAGCUAGAAAAUGUUCGAUGAUUUAUUUAGCCCCCUGUUACAGCUAUGCUGUACAUUAGGUGUUAUCUUGUAGCUUAUCUGUAGCAAGCUAGCUAUGUUUAAAGCUGCCUAUGCUGUUCAAGCAAAAAAAAAAAAAAUAUUGCACACUCCAGUUCCAGAUGCAUUUAGCAAUGUUUAUUUUGCCUGUAACUUCGUCUGGGUCUCAAACAAGCAAAAGCUUGUGCUCAUUGUUUACAUUCAUUAUGGUGACAUUUUGUCUUUUAUUUUUCUACCUGUGAAUGAGGCAUGUUGUGCUUCACUCUCUCUACUUUACUUUUCAAAGCUCUUGUCCUCUCUCUAGUACUCAAAUGAUAGGCAACGCACCUGCAUUUGUUUGGAGGGCGGGGCUACGGAGGGAGCAAAGGGUAGGGGGUGAACUUUUUUUCAGAAUCUAACUGUCUCUUGCUCAUUUCUCCAAACAUAGAUACUGCACCUUUAAGGAACAAAACAUCAGACUCUGGCUGUCCAGGACCAGGAAUUGAGUAUGACUGCUGUAAAAAGAAAAAUGCAUCAUAUAAAGUAUUUUUGGCUGGACUGCAACAGCGAAUGUCUGUGACUGAGUGACUGAAUGAUGUGAAUAUGUCCAGCCAUAUACUAGAUUUUGACCUGGUCUUAUUUCUUAUCCAAAAGUGAUGGUGUGGGUGCAGGUUUUUGUUUUAGGCCAGCACUACGACACCUGAUUCUGCUUGACGUCUUGCUGAUUAGUUAAUUAGUUCAAUCAUUAAUUAAGUUUUUUCAUUGAACUAUUUUUUGCAAGUUAAAUGUUAUAUAACUGCUCUCAUUUUUAAUGUGGGCAUUUCCCACUGCUUCUAACAAAACUUAUACCCCUGUUCAGCUUUUAAAAGUACUACAGCUGUGGUACGGGUGUAAGUAAUCAAACUGAAUUUAACGUGUCUCACUUGUAAACAAUCCUGUCACUUAUCGUCUGUGUUUAAUUAGUGGCAAUUACUUUAUCAACAUAGAUUAUUGAGGUGGUGCAAAUAGAAUAAUUGUUUGAGAAGGCGCUAGACAAAUAAGCUGUCACAACCUCUAGCUGGUGGAGGACUGAAGUUACCAUGCGGGACAACAAGGGAGACAAACUGGUGGCCCUACUUAUGACAGAGCAGGAGAGGAAUGGGGACUGUUAGUGGGUCCCAGAGACAAAUCAGACACUGGAUUAUGAUUGGACUCUUACCGUGUUGUAUUUAGAGUGUUUGGUGUUUUUGUAAAUUACUAAGGACAAUGUAGACCCUUUUAUGAUGGUUGAUAAGAAUGUGUAUGUAAUUGAGUGUGUGUGAUGGGAUCAAAUUCUGUAUUCAAUCAACAUUUGACUUUAACUUACAGAAAUAAAUGCAGAUUUAACAGAAUAGUUUGUUGGGUUCUAAAUCUAAAUUAUUCAAUCUAAAAUGAUUUUACCAAAUUAUAUUUAUUUGUCAGUGAAUAUUAAGGGCAGACAUUGAUUGAAUACAGAUUUGGAAAUGGUUGAAACUGUGGUGUGGCUGAUGAUUACUGGACAGACUUGGAACUACUGUGUUAAGCUUAGAGUUUUUUUCUGUUCUCCAAAAUUGAUUGAUUGAUUUAUUUAUUUAUUUGGUGCCCAGCAUAGGGUUAAACAUGUCCAAUUCCCACCCAAAUGUUGAGUAGCCAGUUGUCUGCAAGUGCAGUUGUGUUCACUCCACUGCCGAUUUGGGGGAUAACCAUGGUUCUCCUCCAAAACGUGGUCUCACCAGCUUCUUUUUGUGGCAUUACAGACUUCUUUUUUGUCCACCGGGUAAAAAUGGCCACAUUUAGAAUUUCAGCUAUGAUACUUUCUGAUUGUAAGUGUGUUUUCAACAAGAGGUGAUCACCCCAAUGCUGAAUGGCAUAAACAGGGUUGCAUAAUUUCUGAAGUAAUUAUUAUUAAUGUUGAAAAACAAUCAGUGAUUGCUACAUGGCUAUGAACUAUGAAAAGCCUAAAGGAAGUAUUUAUACCCAUGGUGGAAAUGCCCAUGGACAAAUGUUCAAAUUUCAUAUUGAAGCUGUUAACAAACUAUUGUAAAAGAUACAUACUGUGUUUUGCUGUUGUGGUCCAAUUUGUUAUUUGAGCUUGGCUUAUAUAUUUUUAUUGUACCAAUACCACUGAAAUGAAUUCUGUUAAAUGGGACUGCUGCAUGACAAUAAUGAUGGUGAGAUGCAGUUUAAAAAAAAUCAAACUUACAGUGAUGUUUUUAAGUAUGUGAAACAUAUGCACAAAUACCAGUUGUCAACUUUAAUGUUUAUUUUUUCAUCAGAUGUACAAUGCCUUAUGGAGGCACAGUAUUCACUCAAGUUUAAACUUACUCUACUGUACAUGAUAUUAUAUAUUUGUAUUGUGUAGUUUAAGCCCUAUUAAGGUUUUUAAAAUGUUUUUUUUUUUAAAUUAUUUUUUCUUUUCUCAUUUUUAAGAAUAUCUACAUGAGUACAUAUUUGUCAUGGUUGACUGAAGUAGACAUGCAUUAGUAUUUUCAGCAUUUUAUUCGAUGGCUGAUUCUAGCUCUGAAAAUGGAUGGAUGCAUACCCAGGCAAAAAUUCACAUUGAGAAUAUAAGGAAUCAUGCAAUCAUGAUUCUGUUGAAAAUUACAGUGUUCUGUUAAUUGAAAAUAUAUUUUAAAAUUCAACUUUUGCAGUUUGUUUCCACAUGCCAAGGGUAUUUUCCAGCAAACCAGCAGCAUUAAUCUUGAACAACAGUGUAAACUGGAUUAACAGUGUUGUAUUUCCUUGAUGCUGCAUUCAAAAUUGAUGUACUUCAUUUUAAGCUCAGUAAAGAACAUGAAAUACAUCAAAUUAGUUUUGUUAGCAGACUUGACAAGAAAGGCCUCAUCGGAUGUAAGCUAGAUCGCUUAAUAUUGUUCAUUUACAGACGUGUACAUCCCGUUGAUGGAUAGAAGUUUUUGGAUAGAAUAAAUGUCAGAAGUAAUCUAACACUUGUACUAUGACUUUGAAAAAGCAGUAAAGAGAAGUGGACAGGUUUUAGUUUAGGGUGAUGCUGAUGCAAAGGUUUGACUGCCACCUAGUGGUGAUAUAGGAUACUAACACUUAAUUCCUUGCAGAACAGCUUCCAGCUUAUGGGGACCAUUCUUCCAAACAUUUCACACUUUUGUUGAUUGUAAUUUCAUUUGCGUCUAUUUUUCCUUGCUUAGUUCAAAAGGAAUGAAUGAUUUUGCUGUUUAAAAAAAUUAAAGACUAAAUUGAAGUAUUGACUGAAAUGCUAUUUUUUGUGUUGAAAUUGAUUGUGCGUGUCUACUGAUUAUGAUGAUCUAACAAUGCUUAUGCCUUGUAUUGGCAAGUACACUUCAAUUUUUUAACCUUAAUUUGGGCAUAAAGGCCAUUAAUAGCCUGGGAACGGAUUGUCCCACAUAAUAUACCAAUACGCUGUAAUUGUUGAAAGUUGUAUGUGAUGUUUUUGGAACAAAAUGACUGCACUACAAAUGUUUAAAUGACACUGCAAAGACAUUCACUCUGAUACUGACCACUAUUACUGUCUGGUUCUGUGUAGUGGUAGUAAUCCAUUUAUAAACAAAUAUUGAACUUUC